AUGUCCGAGUCGAACCCCACGCCCAACUCGGAGCACGAUGCCUCGCCCCGUCAGUCCACCGAGCCGCUGCUCGGUGCCCCACAGCCUGCGAUGGAGGACGUGGAUCAGCCGCCGCGCCGCGACUCAGUCGAUCCGGGCCAGCGCAAGCGGCGUAACAUUGUCCUACUUCUCGAUGGGACCGGGAAGGAGUUUGGCGAUAUGAACUCGAACCUCAUCAAGCUGCAUACGGUGCUGCAGGCUGAUGAGGACCAGCUGAUCUACUACUCGAGUGGACUGGGUACUGUCCUGCCUUCGAGCACUGGGUCGUGGGCGACGGUUCGGCGCCAGGCUGCCAUGGCAAUCGACCUCGCUCUCGCAUGGAACUUUGACGACUUUGUCUGUGACGCGUACGCAUACCUCAUGGACUACUAUACACCAGGCGACCACGUCUUCAUCUUCGGCUACUCGCGCGGCGCGUACGUCGCCCGUGCACUGGCAGGCAUGAUCCAGAAGGUCGGCCUCCUGCCCCGCGGUAACCGACGUUCCGUCCAAGCCGCAUACCGUGUAUACACGUCGCACACGUCAGUGCGCGGCGAGCGACCUGGCAUUGACCCCGACCACCCCGGCGCCCUGUACCGGCGUAUCUUUGGUCUGUCGCGGCCCGUCAUCAUCGAAUUCCUGGGGGCUUGGGACACUGUCUCGAGCCUGGGCGGAAUUGGACUGCCGCGCCUGCCCUUCGCGGGCGGCGUACAGGCAGUCCGGUUCUUCCGGCAGGCACUGGCGCUGGAUGAGCGCCGGAUUCGCUUUACGCCCGAGUAUCGGCAUGCGGAUAGGGCCGAGAUCGCGCACUGGCGGGCUGUGCAGUCCGCCAAAUCCGCCGUAUCGGAAGCUGAGCAAGCCGGCGAUGCUAAAAGGAUCAGCGAGACUGAGGCCGCGUUAGCGGAGGCGCGGGCUGCGCGAGAUAAGGAGUAUCCGAGCCGAUCGUGGACGUUUGAUAACCAGCGCGUUAAGGAGCGGCAGGAAGAGCUCUGGUUCAUGGGCGCGCACUCGGAUGUCGGCGGCGGGAGGGACUUGAACGGCGACCCGUCUCUUUCAAACAUCCCCUUCCGGUGGAUCCUACGCGAGGCAGUCGACUGCGGUCUCCUCAUCAGUGCCACGGGUGUGCGAUAUCUCCGCGCGACGGGUUUGCCCAUCGAUCUCCCGACCAUCAGGGAACACUGUGCGAUUGAUGACCCCCCCACUCCGGCGACGAUGCGCUGUCUGGCGGAUCUGGACGCGAUCGUCUCGGCACAACUGAAACAUCCGCAGGUAGAGCAGGACCGCAUGGAGGAGAUGGAGGCUCUACGCGCCCAAAUCCCCCAAAGCGAGUUGCGUAAAAUUGUCAACAUUGAUGCGGAGCGGGACGCGUGUGCCACACCAACCGCCGACUUGCUUUGCGAGCAGCGUAGCAGCCUGCAGUGGCUGUGGUGGUUGCUCGAGUUUAUUCCCCUCAAGACGCGCAGAUACUCUGCCCAGCCGGAUGCUGAUGACGGAGGGUCAAAGUGGACAAUCAACUGUGGCCGGCCGAGGCAGAUGGUCAAUGGACAGCGGGUGCAUGUCUCUGUUCUUCACCGGAUGAAUGUACCAGAGUCUGAGGCGCCACGGUACAGACCGAGUGCAAAGCUCGGUAAUGGGCUUGCGUCGUGGGACGAGGCCAUGACCAAUCCCAACCACAGCAUGUGGGCUUCCUCCAAGUACAUGCCUGGCACAGCCGCUCCCAUAAUUACCGAGACGUAG